AUGCCCCCAAUCUCCUACCUCUUCGCCUGCGAGUGGUGUCUGCGCCAUUUUCGGCAGUGGGCGCGUGUGCUGCGUUUCGGGCGUCGCUGGAUGCCGCGUCAGGCUGAUGACUCCGAUGAUGCUGGUGAUGCUGCUGGACGUGACAGUCCGUCUCACGGCUCGAACGUCCAUGACCCUUCUCUUCCCAUGGAGGCCGACACAACGCAAGGAUCUGAGGCGCUCGGCGCGCCUGAGAGUGCAUCUGACGAGGAGGGAGACGAGCACAGCGAUGAGGACAGCGAUGAUUCGGUUGACGAGUCAGGAAGCGAUGAAGACAGCAGCGAUGACGAGGAUUCUGGCUUUGACACCCUCUUGGAGAUCUAUCGGUUCAUCGUUGGCUGCAACGGUGGUCGUGGCCUUUCGGACAAAGGCGUCGCGUGGCUGUGCAAGAUGUUGCGCGACCCCCGCUUCGAUCCCAGCGAGGUGCCGCGCUGGCGGUCUCGAAAUGCUGCGAACAAGUACGGGCUUGCACUGCUGACUGCGCAACGAGAGUACGUGAAGAAGGAGCUCCGGAUUGAGGGCUACGAUCACACGUUUGAAGUCCUCUGCACCGAACCCGUGGCUGCGGUGCUGGAGCUGUUUGGGCACCCCGAUAAUGCGGAGGGGUUCCAGCUAUUUGCGCAGACUGUGAACUCCGGUGCUGGUCGGAUCUACAACACCCCUGCGAGUGCGACAUUCUGGGAAGAGGCUCAGGUGUGUGCUUCCGCAGAGAGUGUGUCUUCACAUCCACUGGCAGUUCCCUUGAUGUUAGUUUCCUGGUUGCCCCGGUGCGUGUCUGACGAGAGCACCUGCUACACGUUUUGCAUGCAGGACUGGCUGAACAUACUGUUUGGGGAGGGACAGGUGGUUGCUCCAGUCAUCAUCUCGAGUGAUGCCACUGUGCUCAGUGGGAAUGACAGGAUCAAAGUGUGGGCUGUCUACAUAAGCCUUGCGAACAUCGCUCUACGCCGUCGCUGGCUUGACACUGGCCGGGUGCUGCUCGCGCUCCUGCCGAUGCCACCCUCAGACAUGACGGGGGAGCAGAAGAUGCAGUUGUUCUAG